GGUUUUCAGUUUCAAUUCUCUGCCACCGUUUUGACGUGGAGGGGAGGAGGCAAGGAGAGUGUGACUGAGUACAACAGAGUACAGGAUUAUAUUGAACAUGGUAUGAGGGCCUGCUUAGCAUUCCUUUGCUUACUGGCAGCUACAUUUGCUCUGUCUGUAAACAGUAAACCUCAUGGAAAACAUCGUGGAUUGCAUAAGAUUCCACAUACAGCCAAAGAAAAGGACAUUAUCGCAGAGGAGGCCAACAAGCCACAGGUUUUACCUACUUUAGUCACGUUUGCGGCCAGCAGCCAGGAGCAGGAAGAUGAGGAAUUGAGCUCUGAAGACAAUGCUAACGCCAACAAGGGUGAGGGAGAGUUUCAGGUGACUGAAAUGAGUGACAAAAGCACUGCAAUCCUGUUGAGUGAGGAGGAAUUGGUAGACCUCUUAAAGAAAGAAGCAGAAGAAGAGCAGGAAACAGAAGAAAGAGUGCUGGAGGAAGAAGCAGAAGCAGUGGAGAUGGACAAAGGCAAGGGGGAGUCUGUUGAUGUCAGUGAGGAUGAGGUAGCCGAAGUGGAGGAGAAGAAGCUGGGGGACAAACUAGAAGUGGAGGAAGAUGCCAAAGAGGUGGCAGAUGAGGAAGAAGACGUCAAGGAAGAGAGUGUGGAAGAUGCUGAAAUGCUGGAGAAGGAAGAGGUGGUGGUGGGACAGAUGUCACAUGAGGAAAAGGAGUCUGUUGAAAUAAUAGCUGACAGAGGGGAGCGAGAGGCAUUGCUGGAGGAAACAGAUGGUAGCACAGAGUCAGAGAUCCCAGUUGAUCUUGACUACGCUGCUGACAGUGGCAUCUUACAACCUCUACAGAUUGUAUCUGCUAACAUAAAACCCCACACUGAUGCUGACCAGCCUCUGUCGAAAACAGAUGUUAAAGACAAGGAAACCAGCAAGAAAGCACUGCCCACCAUUGCUGAUGACUACAAACAAGACAUGCAAAACACUGAGGCAGCGGACAGCGAAGAAAUGUCUGAUCAGGACAUGGACAAAGAUUCACAGGCCAAAUCUACAGAAAUCAGUGUUGACGAAAAAGAACCUGAAGCAAAUGUUGAACCCCAAGAACCGAAGAGCAGUGGAGAGUUUGAAUUGGGGUCCCGACUGGCUGGAAAGGAGGAAGAGAAAAGUAAGAAUGACAGUGGAAUUCACACCAAGGGAAAGGCAAGGAAGCAAAAGAAGAACCAGAGGGCAAGGAAGCACUCUCCACAGAGUGAAGAGACACCAUCUAGACAGGAACAGAGCCAACAGGAUCCUUCGGAGUCUGAGGGCAGCAGCACUGACAAUACAGUCCACAAGGCAAAGAGGAGAAGGGCCGGAAAAUGGGGUCCUUUAGUAGGAAUGAAUCCAGUGCAGAUAAGAGCCACGGUGGAUCUCUACCCCAGUUCCAGGUCCUCUCUCAGUGGAGGCGUACACCACCCCGAAGCCCCUGCUGAUCCAUGUGACAAAUUUCCCUGCAAACGCGGAAAGACGUGUAAACUUGAUGUGGACAAGAAACCAGGCUGUGUGUGUCAAGAGCCGUCAGAAUGUCCUCCCAGCGUGAAUGAGUUUGAUCACGUUUGUGGAACAGACAACAAAACAUAUGAUACGUCAUGUGAACUCUUUGCUACUAAAUGCAACCUGGAGGGCACUAAGAGAGGGCACAGACUUCAUCUGGACUAUACAGGGCCAUGCAAAUUCAUAGCUCCAUGUUUGGACACUGAGCUGAUCCAGUUCCCUCUACGAAUGAGGGAUUGGCUGAAAAAUGUGCUGCUGCAGCUGUAUGACCAUGACUCCGUUUCUCCUGGCUUCCUCACUCCUAAACAGCGUUUUAGAGUAAGUUAUUUGUAUCCAAUCAAACAGCCAACGAGUGAGUCAAAAAGUCACAUGGCAUUUUUGGUGAAGAAAAUCUUUGAGAGCGAGAGGCGUCUUCAUGCUGGUGAUCACUCUGUUGAGCUGCUCGCACAGGACUUUGAGAAGAACUACAACAUGUACAUCUACCCAGUGCACUGGCAGUUUGCUCAACUGGACCAACACCCCUCUGACAGAUUCUUGUCCCACUCGGAGCUAGCCCCACUUCGAGUCCCUCUGGUGCCGAUGGAGCACUGCACCUCCCGCUUCUUCCAAGAGUGUGACGCUGACAAGGAUAAGCAGGUGUCCUUUAAAGAAUGGACUUCCUGUUUUGGUAUCAAGAAUGAGGACAUGGAUGUCAACCUGUUAUUCUGAGCAACAUUUUGUUCCUUAUCUACUACACAAGCUCAUUAAAGCUGCCCCAACAGUGUAGUUUGAGACAGAAGCCUCUGUGAACCUCUGUAAUAUGAAGGAACUCUGACACAUGAAAGAUGAAAGAAACUCCUCCUCCUGCUAUAGAGGGCAAGUGUUGGUGGUCAUUGCUGUUAUUUUGUGUCACGCUAAGCUUGGACAUUCUGAUCUUUGUUCUUAGAUAUUAGAAUAUAAGAAAGAAUUAUUUUUAGCUGGUUUUAUCCAGAAACUGUUUUCUAAUGCAUUCCAAAACUGGGGGAAAGUUUACAUCGGCUCAUUAGUAGAAAAGGUGUUGUAUAUAGUUCCAGCAUUCAAAAGAACUGUGGUUUGUAUGUUAGAGUGAUUUAGUGUAGAAUUACUCUCUAAAUCAAGGUUAAGUUACAGUGGUGAUGUAAAACCAUAACUGUGUUUCUUGUCUUUGUACCAAUUGCUGUAAAUGUUUCUCUUUACAUCCAAUGUUUCAUUGUAGCUCUCAUUAAAGCUUUAUUGACAGCAAUGGACUUCACAAUAUCAUGAGCAGAAUAUUUCACUGCACCCUGUUGUUUCUCUACAGCCCUGAAAUAAAGUUAUUGCAUCAUA